AUGGCUAAAUUUACAGUCUUGGCUGGACUGUCACUGUUGAUGUGCCUUCAAAUCGCAUCCUCUACCAGACUGGUCUGCUAUUUCACCAACUGGUCCCAGUACAGACCCGGCACUGGCAAAUAUCUGCCUGCCAACGUUGACCCCCAUCUUUGUACACACCUGAUCUACGCCUUCUCAGUCAUCAACCCGUCUAAUGAGCUGACAACCUAUGAGUGGAACGAUGAUGUUCUCUAUAGAGCCUUCAACGAUCUCAAAAACACAAAUCCCCAGCUGAAGACUUUGUUGGCUGUUGGUGGUUGGAACUUCGGAACAACCCAAUUCACCAUCAUGGUUUCAUCUCCUGCCAACCGUCAGCGGUUCAUCCAGUCUGCUAUCAGGUUCUUAAGAAUGCACGGUUUUGAUGGGCUGGACCUGGACUGGGAGUACCCUGGUGCAAGAGGAAGCCCACCUGAGGACAAAGCAAGAUUUACAGUACUCUGCAGGGAAUUACUGGCUGCCUUUGAGAAGGAGGCUGCUGACACCAGAAGACCUCGGCUGCUGCUCACCGCUGCAGUGGCUGCUGGGAAGGGAAACAUUGACAAUGGUUAUGAGAUUGCCAACGUGGCAAAGAUUCUAGACUUCAUAAAUAUCAUGACCUAUGACUUCCACGGUGCAUGGGACCCUUUCACUGGUCACAACAGCCCUCUGUACAAGAGCUCUUUUGAUCAGGGGGAACACAUCUACUUCAAUGUGGACUUCGCUAUGAAAUACUGGGCAGACAAAGGAGCUCCACUUGACAAGAUCUUGGUUGGUUUUCCCACCUACGGACGCACAUUUCGUACAACAGCAGCAGGUAACGGUGUUGGAGUGCCAGCCAGUGGAGCAGCCUCUGCCGGCCCCUACACCAGAGAAGCUGGCUUUUGGUCCUACUACGAGAUUUGCAAUUUCCUCCAAGGAACCAGUUCCCAGUGGAUUGAUGAGCAAAUGGUGCCCUAUGCUGUAAAAGGCAAUGAAUGGGUUGGAUUUGAUAAUAGGAAGAGCUUUGAAAUCAAGGCACGUUAUUUGAAGGACAAUAAGUACGGUGGAGCCUUUAUCUGGGCUCUGGAUCUGGAUGAUUUCUCAGGCCAGUUCUGCGGACAAGGAAGCUACCCCCUCAUUGGUUAUCUUCGCUCCCUUCUGGAUUCAGCACCCAUGGAAACAACUACUGUCGCACCCAUGGAAACAACUACUGUCCUUGAGCCAGUGACACGCACAACUGCAGCAACUGCAAGUGCAACUACAACUAGCACGACCAGCGCUACCACAACACCUGCUUCAGGAACUGAUUUCUGCGCUGGGCUGUCUGACGGUCUCUAUGUGAACAAUAGAGACAGGCACACUUUUUAUCAGUGCUUCCAUGGAAACACAUUCCUGCAGAGAUGUCCUGCCAGUCUUGUUUUCAGUGAGAGAUGCAAGUGCUGCGACUGGCAUUAA